AUGAGUGAACAACUUAAGUUCAUUGUGGAGCAGCUGAACCGGGAACCUUUCAAGAAAAACUUUAACCUAAUCACUUUUGACUCACUGGAACCAAUGCAGCUUCUGCAGACUCUCAACGAUGUGUUGGCCGAAAUCGACUCCAAGCAAGCAAUAGAUAUCCGAGAAGAAAUGCCUGAGCAGACAGCCAAAAGAAUGUUCACUUUGUUGGCGUUACUGAAAUACAAGCCUACUGGUGGCUUUUCUGAUACAAGCAGCUUUCGGCAGGGCCUGGUGACUGGCAGUAAGCCAGUGAUCCACCCCAUCCUGCACUGGCUGCUGCAGAGGGUUCCCGAGCUGAAGAAAAGGGCCUAUCUGGCUCGCUUCCUCGUCAAGCUGGAUGUGCCUGGCGAGUUCUUGACGGAUGAUGUCAUCUCAGAGACUUACCACCAGUAUGAGGAGCUGGUUGAGGGAUUCAAGAGUUAUCACAAGGAGUGUGAACAACUGAGGAACUCUGGGUUUUCUACAGCUGAGAUUCGACGGGAUAUUGCGGCAAUGGAAGAAGAGAAGGAUCAGCUGAUCAAACGAGUGGAGCGUCUGAGGAAGCGGGUGGAGUCUGUGUCCAACCAUCAACGCAUGCUGGAGCUGGCCAGACAGCUUCGGGUAGAAAAGGAGAGAGAGGAGUCUCUGGCUCAUCAGAAACAAGAGCAGAAGAACCAGCUCUUCCAGGCUGAACAGAGGCUGCAGAGGUGUCAGAUCCAGCUGAAAGACUUGCGACAGGCAGCAGCAGAUGCCAAGCCUGAGAGCCUGGUGAAGAGACUGGAGGAGGAGAUCAAGUUCAACUCCUACAUGGUUUCGGACAAGCUGCCCAAAGAGCUGGAGCGAAUGCGGCGCAAGGUGCACUACCUGCAGAAGGUGGCAUCUGAGCCAGCCAUGGGUCAUGCAGAGCUGGCCGAGCUGGAGGAUAAGAUUAAACAGCUCAGUCAGAUGAACCAAGUGAUGGAGAAGAAGGUGGCGAGGAGUGACCCCAUGGAUGAUAAUCUUGCUCUGUACAGGCAGCAGGCCUCCAUCAUAGCUCGUAAAAAGGAGGCAAAAGCUGAGGAGCUGCAGGAGGCUCGAGAGGAACUGGCAGGCCUGACAAGGGAGCUGAGUGCUAAGAGCAACCAGGCUCGUGGACAGGGUGGAGUUGAGAUCAUCCGAGCAGACGAGUUCAAGCGGUACGUCGCCAAGAUGCGCGGCAAGAACAUCACGUAUAAGAAGAAGCGGCAGGAGAUUGCAGAGCUACAGGCUGAGUUUGGCAUUCUGCAGAGGACAGAGGAGAUCCUGCGCCAGCGCCACACUGCCGAGCAACAGCAGCUGCAAACUCUGGAGGCCCAGAGGGGCAUCUCAGGCUUCAGCGAGACCCAGGAGGAGCUAGAGAGAGUUUCGGCCAUUAAGAGCGAGCUGGACGAACUGAAAGGACGCACGCUGGAUGACAUGUCCGAGAUGGUGAAGAAGCUGAAUUCGGCAAUAGCAGAGAAGAAAUCAGCUCUGUCUCCGUUAAUAAAGGAGCUGAGGCCUCUUCGGCAGCAGUGCCAGGAGCUUGCUGAAGAGUACGAGGAAAAAAAAGCUCAGUAUGACACAUGUGCUGCCGGUCUGGAAAGCAACAGAUCCAAACUUGAGCAGGAGGUGAGGACCCUGCGAGAGGAGAUAGCUCAAGAGGAAAACCGUUAUCACUACAUCAACUGCAUGAGAGAAGUAAUUGAAAUUCAAAUGCAGCGGGCGGCAGACGAGAUGAAGGUCUACGUGUCCUCUGAUCCACAAACAAGGAAAAAGUCUAUCAGGGAGCAGUACAUGAAGAACAUAGCAGAACAGGAAUCUUUGGGAAAGAAACUCCGAGAGCAGCAGAAGCAGGUGAAGGAGAGCCAUGGGCCCAACAUGAGGCAGGUACGCAUGUGGAAGGAUUUGGAGCAGCUGCUGGAGUGUAAGAAGCAGUGUUACCUCCGAGCCCAAAGCCAGGCCUCUAUUGGCCAGGUGAUUCAGGACAGCGGAGAGGACCGCCUCGUUCUCUGAUGGAGCCGUUGAGUGUUCCAGCAUUUUUUACGCUUUCCAAGUUUAACCAGCUAUUAGCAGAUUUAUUGGGGAAAAGUAUGUUACCAUGUUUGUUGGAGCAAUGUAUGUACAGUGCAUAUAGAGACAUUACUGACUCCUCAAACCAUUCAAAAGUGCUUCUUAGUCUAUUUUUAUCCAUAAACCUCAAUAAACACCAGUCCUACUUUUGAGACAGAGCAAAAAGUCCUUUUUUGGACAUAAUUGACUCAAGUUAGGAGAGAUUAGCAGAGAUAGGCAAGCAGUGCCCUGAAUUUUAGGGAGAGAGAACACAUGUUCUCCGAAGUGCUUCAUUGAUAAGAGGUUUGAAAAUCUUUUAAACAAGUCCUCAGUCUCCAUUUUGACACGUCUUUAAGAAUAGAGCUUCACUCAAUGUGGCCUAAGAUAACAGCGAACAAAGUGUUACACUCUGGACGCGCUUGCACCCAGUUAUUUUGGGAAGCAACAGUCAUGACCUUGGGCAGAAGAGCUGCCCAAUUUAGGAAUUCGGCUGGCCCUUCUUUUGUUUCCAUCAUCGAGGGGCAGAGGUAAUCAACAGAGCAACAUCUACAACUCCUCCCCUACCUGUUAGUGCACAUGGGUGAUUCUCUGUCUUAGGACACUCAUUAGAUUGGAUUGGAGGUAUAAGCAGUGUGCAUAAGAAAGCAAACACAAAUGGCCCAUCUUUUAUUUGCAUGUCAUGCUUGUAUUUUUGUGAAAAUAAAGCACAGGUCUCUGCAUGUGCACGAGCAGAACUUUUCAACUCAGUUUGAUGUUAAUGCUCUGACUGCUUCUCUGGAAAUUUAAACGUUGCUUUUGCAGUGUCAGCACAUAAGCUUCUUUGAUCUCUGUAGUUCACUAAGACCAAUUAAAACAGCAACUCCAACUUUUUAGACUCCGGCAUUAAGUGCAUCAGUGCAACUAUUUUUAACAUGGUGGUUGCCUCUGUGACUGCAGCACAGACGUAGUAUUGGUUUUGCAUUGUUUGGCUCUGACCACAAGUGACCACAAAUCUGAUCUUUUUAAAUCUGACCUGAUCCACUUUGCCUCAGUUCUGAUUUUUUGAGUCAAUUUUUCUAAUUUGAUGGUUCACAUUUGUGUUGGUGUGGGACUCAAUUCUGUCAUUAAUGUGAACGAACCUGUGUCCUGAAACAACCUGCAUGCGCACAUCCUAAUCAGUAAUUUGCUGUAAACCACUUUGAGCUGUUCAUUAUUAGAGCGAGACGAAGGUGAAAAAAGGUCAGAUGUUUUUGCACUGUUUACUGCCACUAACCAAAAAAUCGGAUUUCAGCCAGGCAAUGUGAACGUAGCAUUUAAUAUGUGGUCCUAGAUCGGACACAUAUCCGAUUCAGGGCCAUGUGACAUUAAUGAGAACUCUCAGACUGGAAUUCAUGUGGGUUUUUUUACUAUGCAUACGCCAUCAUUCAGCAUCAGCAGAGCCGAAUCUGAAGUUAGUUCAUGAUGCACAUGGUUCAUUCACGUGAACAGAGAAAAUGGGAAUCCUAACAACCAUGCAAGACCUGGGCUGCGUUCAUC